AGCCCGUCUGUACAAGGAUGCACCCUCACGUCACUCAAUGUCGCUGAUGUCGCUGCCCCUCACAGACGAUCCCUCGUCCGUGUCUCGGUCCUCGGGGCGCUCGGGGACAAACUGGGGGAAGUACGCCUGGAGAAGCGCCACGCACUGCACCAUCCAUCCAUCCAUCCAUCCAUGAGAGAGACAGAGAGACAUGGGUGCGUGUCUUCCUUCUGCGGCCGACGGGUAUGCUUCGUUGGAUUGCCCACUCACCCGUUGCGAGAACUCCUGAGUGCCGUGCAGCGCCAGGUGUUGUACCUUGGCCACGCCGCCAGCCUGUCACUCACACACGUGCACAUCCCACGUGUACAUAAUUGUGUGUCAUCCGUCCCUCCAUGCUGACUGACAGACCUGGUGGACGAGGUCACAGUAGGGGUUGUUCGCGAGACCGUCGGCCGCCUGCUUCUGCUCACCCACACUGCAUAUACACAUGGAUGGGCGACAAAACAGCCACACAAUGCAUUAAUGGGUGCCGCCCGAUCUGCGUGUGAUCUAUGUGCUGCCUGACCGACCGCAGAAUGCCAUCGAGUGUCAUCAGCGCCAGUCGGACCUCCGCAGGGUUGUCGCUGUCCAGCACGCCACACAGGAGAUCGAUGCACCCACACUCAGCCACAUACUCGCCCUGCAGACAGGCAGAUGUAAACGAUACAGACAGACAUUGCUGGUUUGUUUGCCCCAGCUCUCCUUCAUCCACCUCGAGGUGUACCUGCGUCUGCGAUCCGUUGGCCAAUAUCUUGUGCAGAACUAAGGCGCCACCAAUCUUGGUCGUCUCUUCUCGCUCGCCAUCCCCGCCGCCCGCCAGCCGCUCAGCCACCACGGCCAGGAAGCCCCCAUCAAUCAACGACUGAAUCGCGUCAUGGGCACCUGCAGCUCAGAGAGAUGCGCAGAUCAGAGAGGCAGGCCGGUCGCACUUCUCUCUGAGCACCGUAUCUCCCACCUGUAUCUACGAUUGUGGCGACCGUUGAGUAUGCCCCCGCCCAUAUGAUGCUAUUGGCCGAUGACAUCAUCGCCUUGAGCUGGGCAGAGUGCUCCAAAAGCACAGCAACGUGGUGAGAGUCGCCACCUGAAGGGACAGAAAAGGGCACACAACGGCCAGCUUGCUCACGCUUCUGACUUUCUCAUGGCUUGCUCACGCUCGAUGGUCCAUUGGAUGACUUUGAGGGCAAACACUUGCACGCAGCACUCGUCAUGGGCCAACAGCUGCAGCAGGCGACGAUACACCCCAGAGAUGAGCUGCAUGACCUCUCCAUCGGUGUCAUGGCCCUCCGUAGCUGGAAGGAUUGUGUAGAGACUCAGCAUCGCAAUCUGCAGCAGGUCACUGCCCUGAUCAUCGGCUUGGACCAGCAUCGCCAGGACACGGACACACUCCAUCGCCAGCCAGAGAGGCAGCGGUGGACCGCUGCUGAGCAGAAACGCCAGCAGCGCACUGCAGUUCUGGCGGACCGCAAUCUGCGCAUAGGUGUCGUCCAUGGCGCUGCGCAGCCUCUCCAGCAGUGGCUCAAUCACGCCCGUCUCCAGAAUGGCCUCGCACGCCGCUGCCGAGUACCUGGCCAUGUACACCAAGAAGGAAGCCACGCGGAACACCAGGUGCAGAUCAUCGCUGGUCGACAACAGCCCGACCAAAGUGGGGAUAGCCUCGGCAUCUAUCAGUGAUUGUGCGGCCGCAUCUCCCGCAUCUUUCGAAACAGAGAAGAUCCGACGGGAGAUCUCCGUUGUUGCGCAGACAUACCACCACGAGUUCUCGCUCCUCAUGUGGUCCAACAGCUUCCGGAUGGGCGUGCAGCGCAAAGAUCUCGUGCAGACGAAGGAUGCUGCGCGGAGGAGGAGGAACACCAGGACCGCCAACGCAGCCAACACUGCCACUACGGUGACGAGCCAUCGGAUAAGACACAUCAGGAACGCGCCGAAUGGGCUCGAAAAAGCGCCAGUCGCGGCCAGGAGAACCACAAGGACGCCACGCCAGCGCCAGAAUCUCCAAAGGGCCGCUGGAUGCAUGGCUGGAU